AUGGGAGCAGGAGGCAGCACCCUCGGGGAGACCAUUCUCUUCCCCUCCCCUGAAUGCUCUUACGACGAGUCGCUGCCGGGUCUUCUGUGGAUUUCGGAGGCUCUUGCUGCUCCCAGCAGCAACCCGUCCCCGGCGCGGUCCUCUCCUGCUGCUGCUGCUGCUGCUCCUGCUGCUGCUGCUGCUGCUGCUGCUGCUGCUGCUGCUCCCAUUGACCUCGAGGUGCAGCGAAACCGCCACAGCAGCAGCAGCAGCUUUCCCGCCUGCUUCAUUCCCGCCCCCAGCGGCAAGGCCAAAUAUGUGCUGCUCUACUGGCACGGCAAUUCCUGCGACUUGGGGCACAUAAGAGAAGAGCUGGAGAUUUUGGGGGCGUUUUUGGAGUGUCACUGUUUGGCCAUAGAGUACCCUGGGUACGGACUUGCUGCAGCAGCAACGCCAGCAGCAGCAGCAGCAGCAGCAGCAGCAGCAGCAGCAAGCAGCAGCAGGAGAGUCCGGGCCAGCGUCAGCGACACCAUCAACUUGUGGGGCCGAGCUGCUUUUAAUCUGCUGCUUUCUUUGGGAGUUUCUCCCGCCAACAUCAUUUGCUUCGGCAGAUCCAUUGGCACAGGCCCUGCUGCUCACCUUGCUGCUGAGGUUUUGAAGGAAGGCAUCUUGGUGGGGGGGGUGGUGCUGCAUGCGCCUUAUAUUUCCGUGCACAAAAUAGUUGCAGGUAAAGUGGAAAUGAAAAAGAAAAAUAAAUUAAUUUAA